AACGGUUCGUUUUGGAGGUGGUGACCUGAACUGUGAGUUUCACAUCUUCCUUCUCUUCUCCCCUCUCCUCUUAUCCGUGUUCCUCCUCUCUCUCUCCUCAUUCUCCUCCAUUCCCGUUUCUGGACUGACAGCACACUCUCUCCGAUAGUAGAUGACCCGGAUCGAGCUUUCAUGUCUGAUGCGAUGAGAAAGACGGUGAGAAAAGUUGCGACCAAUUUUCCCACUGCCAUUGUGAGUGGGAGGUGCAGAGAUAACACCUAUAGCUUCAUACGGUUAGUAGAAUUGUACUAUGCCGGAAGCCAUGGCAUGGACAUUAAAGGACCGGCAAAAGGCUCCAAAUACAAGACAGCGAGUCAGCUUUAUAAUCUCCAUACAAGAAAGGUAGUGGUCAUGCUGUUCAAUUCCAACCGCCAGUAAAUUUCUUCCGAUGAUCGACGAGGUUUAUAUUCUUUGCAAAUCUCACAUAUACGAUUAUAUGGGUACAACCCUACAAAGAACAGAAUCAAGAGGAGUUAGCUAGAUCAUUUCAAACAUGAAUUCUCAGGUUUACAAGCAGUUGGUGGAGAAAACUAAAGCAACUCCAGGGGCUCAAGUGGAGCACAACAAGUUCUGUGUCUCUGUUCAUUUUCGACGGGGAGGGGAAACAAAGGGGAGACGAAUUCUCUUCUAUUGCGUUUUCCUUUUCUUUUCUUUUUUUUUUUUUCUUUUUUUAAAUAAAAAUUAUUCUGACCGCAACAAACCACGUAAGCUUGGUACGCGGAUUCGCCCGCUAAUUCGUCUGUACCUAGACGAACUCUUUUUCUUUUCCGUUUAGGUCGGUGGAUUUCAAAGGGUUUCACGUUGGAAUUUGAGACUCGGGCUCGAGUAGCUGGGUUCGAUGA